UCCCGCAACCACCCACCACAUCCCUCUCCACCAACAUGUCGCACAACCCCGCAGCUGGCAAGGCCAUCCUUCCCGAGGGACAGUUCCUCUUCACCUCUGAGUCCGUCGGAGAGGGUCACCCAGACAAGAUCUGUGACCAGGUCUCCGAUGCUAUCCUCGAUGCCUGCCUGGCUCAGGACCCCAACUCCAAGGUCGCCUGUGAGACUGCCACCAAGACUGGUAUGAUCAUGGUCUUCGGUGAGAUCACCACCACUGCUCAGCUCGACUACCAGAAGGUCAUCCGAAACACCAUCAAGGAGAUCGGUUACGACUCUUCCGAGAAGGGUUUCGACUACAAGACCUGCAACGUCCUCGUCGCCAUCGAGCAGCAGUCGCCCGAUAUCGCCCAGGGUCUGGACCACGGAGACAUCGAGAACCACGGUGCUGGUGACCAGGGUAUCAUGUUCGGAUACGCUACCGACGAGACCCCUGAGUUGAUGCCCCUCACCCUUGUCCUUGCCCACAAGCUCAACGCCGCCAUGUCCGUUGCCCGCCGGAACGGCUCCAUGGACUGGCUGCGACCUGACUCGAAGACCCAGGUCACCGUCCAGUACGCCAAGGACGGUGGUGCCAUGGUGCCCCAGCGAGUCGACACCGUUGUCAUCUCCACUCAGCACGCCGACUCAAUCUCGACCGAGCAGCUGCGAUCUGAGAUCCUGGAGAAGAUUGUCAAGACUGUCAUCCCCUCCAACCUCCUCGACGACAAGACCAUCUUCCACAUCCAGCCUUCGGGACGAUUCGUCAUCGGUGGACCUCAGGGUGACGCUGGUCUGACCGGCCGAAAGAUCAUCGUCGACACCUACGGUGGAUGGGGAGCCCACGGUGGUGGUGCCUUCUCCGGAAAGGACUUCUCCAAGGUCGACCGAUCCGGUGCCUACAUCAACCGACUGAUCGCCAAGUCGAUUGUUGCCUCUGGCCUCGCCCGCCGAGUCCUGGUGCAAUCGGCCUACGCCAUCGGUGUUGCCCGCCCCGUCGGUCUCUUCGUUGAGACAUACGGUACUUCCAAGCACUCUGACGCUGACCUGGUGGCCCUGAUCGAGGCCAACUUCGACCUGCGACCCGGAGUCAUGGUCCGAACCCUCGACCUGCAGAAGCCCAUCUACCGCAAGACGGCCUCUUACGGUCACUUCGGUCACGCCGACUACUCGUGGGAGAAGCCCGUUCAGCUCUCUUUCAAGUAAGCGCUGUAGAUGUCUCUGGAGCGGGGUUCAAUAGAGGUUGCAGUAGAUGGGUACCCGCUCCUCUGAAGGAGAGGGAGGUUCGAUGUGGCCGUGAGGCCUCGACGAUGAAGGUGGCUUGAUAAUCCUGCUAGAUGGUCUCAACAUCCCUAGCUCUUGUCAGGUCUCUCAUUGGCGAGUUUCAUUGUCGCAUGCGGACUUUCCCAAGGUGGGCGCAGGUCACCUGGUCUGCCACCCAUAGCAUCGCUGAAGAUUUCCUUUCUCAUCUACUCCACCACCACCGUCUCUACCUACUCAUCAUUCAUUCACUCGUUGCACCGAUCGCUAGUCUCAUAUUUCCAUUGUCAUUGUACCACCUCCACUUGCACAUCACCUUCGACGAGAUUUGGGGG